CUAUUUACUUUCUCCCUCCUUACCAUUUCUAGAAUCCGGCAGCAGCAGCAGUAAUAGCAAUAGCAGAGCCGACGGGGACGCCUUUGUUUUGUACCAGAAAUCUAGAGCUGCGGCACACAGCUGCAAACGGAGAUGGAGGAGGGUGAAUUCUGGAAGUUAGGGUUUCUAUCGGGGUUCGUCUUGUUUAUCACGAUCAUCAACUCCCAUCUGGCCAGUGUGAGUGCAUCGAUUCACGAGUACAGUAACGAAGGGUUCAUUGCGCAGCCCGAUGCCUUCUUCUUCCACGGCGGCAGCGAAGGUCUCUAUGCUUCUAAGGUCCACGAUUCUUCUGCCGUUACGUCCGAAAAUCACCUCCAAGGAAAGUCCUUCAUCCGGUUCGAGGAUGUUACUUUUGUGAGGACAAAAGAGGCUGCCAGUCAGCAGCAUGAAAUGCAGCAGAAUACUGGGUUGGUGGAAGCUAUCGUCCUUGAGGUUAAAGACAGGGAAAGGGUUGGAGGUGGAUUUUUGAAGAGUAAUCUAAUAUGUUGCAACCCUACUCUAGCGGCCACUGGAGCCUGCAAGCUAGGGGAGGUGAUUAUCCAGAAGAACCCAGACAACCCGGAAUGGCCCAAGCGGAUUCAAACUUCAUUUGCAGGAAAGAAUGAGGAAGUUAAAAUGCAACCUGAGGCGGUUGAAAUCAACAGCACUGGAAUGUACUACCUCUAUUUCAUGUUCUGUGAUCCACAACUCAAGGGAACUUUGAUUAAGGGGAGAACUGUUUGGAAGAACCCAAAUGGUUAUUUACCUGGAAAGAUGACUCCUCUAAUGACAUUCUAUGGAAUCAUGUCGUUGGCUUACCUAGUUCUAGGCCUAGUCUGGUUCUUGAAGUUUGUUCAGUUGUGGAAGGAUGUUAUCCAAUUACACUACCACAUCACGGCUGUGAUUGCACUUGGAAUGUGUGAAAUGGCUGUAUGGUAUUUUGAAUAUGCCAAUUUCAACUCGACUGGAAGGAGACCGAUCGGUGUUACCUUGUGGGCUGUUACUUUCACUACUGUGAAGAAGACUCUAUCUCGGUUGCUUCUUUUGGUUGUGUCAAUGGGAUUUGGUGUUGUUCGUCCUACACUUGGGGGCAUAACAUCCAGAGUACUUCUUCUUGGUUUCUUCUAUUUCAUUGCCUGUGAGGCUCUUGAGCUUGUUGAACAUAUGGGGAACGUAAAUGAUUUCUCAAAGAGAACAGAGCUGUUGUUGGUGCUUCCUGUUGCUUUCUUAGAUUCGUGCUUUAUCCUCUGGAUUUUUUCAUCGUUGUCAAAAACGUUGGAGAAGCUUCAGGUAAUGAGAAGAAACUUGGUCAAGCUUGAACUAUACCAGAGGUUCACCAACUACCUUGCCGUGUCCGUGCUACUUUCCAUUGCUUGGAUUGGUUUUGAGCUUUACUUCAAUGCUACGGAUCCACUAAGCGAGAUGUGGCGAAUUGCAUGGAUAAUCCCUGCUUUCUGGACCCUUUUGGCAUACUUUCUCUUGGUGGUGAUAUGCAUCUUAUGGGCUCCUUCACGUAACCCAACAAGAUACGCAUAUAUGGAGGAGGUAGGAGACGAGUUUGACGAGGAAGGGAUCUCAUUGACGAGUGGGGUGUUGAAAGCAGCUGUGGAUCCAAAGCUGGAGAGGAUGGCGGCAGGAGAAGACGUCGAGGAAGACAAACGAGAGUAAGAUAAAAGACAUGAUUGGUGAGUGAGUGUAAACUGCGGGAGCCAGUUGGUUGCUGCUGUACUGUGUAUGUAUAAAAGAAAGAUGAUGGAACAUCCAGUUCAGGAAGGAUGCAGUAGCUGCUCUAAUUAGGAAGAGAUGGAUUGAAUGUUAUAUUAAGGGCUUAAUUGUUAACACAAAACAAGCUAUCGCCUGUGGGAUUUAUAUUACUGCUAUUACUGGGCCAUAUCAGUUGGUAUCAAUGAGAAGAUGGGAUAGGAGGAAUUGUGCGUGGUUCUGGUUGGGUGAGUUACCCGUUGCAGUGGUAAUCUGGGGAGUCCAACGGAUGAGAAGAAGAAGCCAAAAAAGGAGCAGCAUUGACUCUGGUGUUUGUUUCUGUCUGCUGUUUCUGAUCAUCUAAGCAGAGACAAACUACUUGCCCAAGGGAGGGAGGAGAACACACAAAUUAC